AUGGACUUCAAAUCCCUCUUACCUUCUCUCCUUCUCAUCUCAACUCUCUUUCUCAUCACCUCUCCCCUCGCCGCCGAUGACUCCGACACCGCCGCCCUCACCCAGUUCCGCUCCCAGGCGGACAUCCACGGCAUACUCCUCCUCAACUGGACCGCCGCCGCCUCCGACGCCUGCUCCGCCGGAUGGACCGGCGUCAACUGCACCAACGGCCGCGUCACCGCCGUCGUCCUCCCCUCCCACAACCUCCGCGGCCCCAUCGACGCCCUCGCCUCCCUCGACCAGCUCCGCCUCCUCGACCUCCGCGGCAACCGCCUCAACGGCACCCUCUCCCCCCUCGCCCGCUGCCUCAACCUCAAGCUCAUCUACCUCUCCGGCAACGACUUCUCCGGCCAGAUCCCGCCGGAGAUCUCCGCCCUCCACCGCCUCCUCCGCCUAGACUUAUCCACCAACAACCUCCGCGGCCCCAUCCCGCCGCAGCUCGCCAAUCUCACCCGCCUCAUCACCCUCCACCUCCAGAACAACGAGAUCUCCGGCCCAAUCCCUAAUUUCCUCUCAUCCCCAGCCCCAAAUCUCACCGACCUCAACCUAUCCAACAACGAGCUCUACGGAUUUCUCCCCGACGGCUUGAUUUCGAGGUACGGAUCCAGAAGCUUCGCCGGAAACCAAGCCCUAUGCGGCGAAAUUCCCCCUUUCCCCAACUGCACGAACUCCCGCGGACAACCAUCCUUGACGGUGCCGUCCAGCCCGAGCUCCCUCCCACCGUCGCAGACCGUCUCGGCCACCAAUUCGCCGGAAAAUCACCGCAAAAAGCUCGGCAGCGGCGCGAUUGUGGCAAUAGCGGUGGCGAAUUCGGUGCUUCUGCUGGUAAUCGCGUCUUUCACGGUAGCUUACUGCUGCGGAAAGAGUUCUAGGUCAACAAAUUCGAUGACAACGGCAAGCGAGGUCGGGAAGAGGAGUAGCUACUCGAGCGAGAAGAAAGUGUACGUCAACAACAACAACAAUGGCGGUGGAGACAGUGACGGAACAAACGCCACUGACCGGAGCAAACUGGUGUUCUUCGACCGGAAAAAGCAGUUCGAGCUGGAGGACUUGCUCCGUGCAUCAGCGGAGAUGCUCGGAAAGGGUAGCUUGGGGACCGUUUACAAGGCGGUGCUCGACGAUGGGUGCACGGUGGCCGUGAAAAGGCUCAAGGACGCGAAUCCAUGUGCGAGGAAGGAGUUUGAGCAGUACAUGGAUGUGAUUGGGAAGCUAAAGCACCCAAAUGUUGUGAGGUUCAGAGCUUAUUACUAUGCAAAGGAGGAGAAAUUGCUCGUUUACGAUUACAUGCCUAACGGCAGCCUCCAUUCUCUUCUCCAUGCAAACCGAGGCCCGGGACGAAUCCCGCUGGACUGGACCACCCGAAUCGGCCUCGUAGAGACCAAGCGCCUCUCCCAGAAGGCCGACGUUUAUGCAUUCGGCGUCGUGCUGCUCGAGGUGCUCACGGGCCGGGCCCCGUCUGAGUGGUGCCCUUCCCCGGGCAAGAACCGGGCAAGGGGCGAGGAUGUGGACACGGCUGGGGACCUGCCCGGGUGGGUUCGGUCGGUGGUGAGGGACGAGUGGACGGCUGAGGUUUUCGACCAGGAGUUGCUGAGGUACAAGAAUAUUGAGGAAGAGCUUGUGUCGACUUUGCACGUAGGGAUGGCAUGUGUGGUCCCGCAGCCGGAGAAGAGGCCGACGAUGGGUGAGGUUGUGAGGAUGAUAGAGGAGAUUAGGGUUGAGCAGUCGCCGUUGGGUGAGGAUUAUGACGAGUCGAGGAAUUCUAUGUCGCCCUCGGUUGCGACCACAACAGAGGACGCGUUUUGA